AUGGAUAUACAGAACACAUUCAAUAUGCAGUUUAGGACUACUUCCUCAGUUUGGUCCCAACAUUGUGGUUUAGUGUGCCUAACUCCUAUGAUUUCUAUUGUCAACCCUUUAACCUCUGUCUGUGGCCGAUGUAUAUCUGCUACAGUUGAGCAUGCCAACAAUAAUUUUUCCCCUUUUCAGAUCUGUGUGGUAUAUGCCCCAGCUACAGUUGGACAGCGGUAUAAAUUCCUAUCUGCCCUGCUUGCUAACUCUUUAUUAUUGCCCACUCAUCCUUCACGCUUCAUCCUGCUGGGAGAUUUUAAUCACUCCUAUCACACUCGUUCACCUCGGCCCCGACUUGCACCUCAUACGUGGCUCCAAUUCCUCUCUGACCACCUCUUUGACUGCGUCACUAUGCCUGAUUCUACCCCUAUGCCUACCUUCCAUCGCGGCACAACGUCCUCCACCUUGGACUAUAUAUUCUCCUCUUCCGAUAUGUUUUCCCACCGCAUUUCGUCUUCCGUGGAUUAUAUUCAUCCGCAAUGGUCAGACCAUUUCCUAGUUUCCGCAUCUUUUCUCUUUGAUUCAGGCACUGUCUUGGGGAAAGGCCUAUGGCGUGCCAACCCACGUCUGUCCUACAACCAGCAUUUCUGUCUCCAGCUUGACUCACACAUUCAUUCCCUCGUCCACUCUCUACCAACAUCUCUAUCUGUUCAAGAACAGUGGGAUAGUCUCAAAACCGAUGUCAUCCAUUUUAUCCGCUCUUAUUGCCGUCGCCUUCGCCGCAACCUCACUACGAUAGAAGCCCAUUCGAUUGCCCAACGCGAUGCCUUUUGUUCCUCAUUGUUAACAACCAUACAAUCUUCCUGCGCCAUACACCUCACUCGAUCCUUAUCGAUCCGGGGGCGUGCCACCGUUCUCAAUACUCUCAUUCUCUCCCGUCUCUGGCAUGUCCUACGCGUGAUCUCUGUUCCUGUGUCGUUUCUCGAUAAAGUGAAGUCGGCCAUGGGUCAGUUCUUGCAGCACCGAAUGUUUCCUCCCAUUAAGCUGUCCACUCUUUGUCUCCCUCUUCGUUCUGGCGGCCUUGGAGUAUUAGAUCCUUCUAUACAACAAGGUGCUUUUCAGCUGCGUUGGUUACGUCCUCUCUGUCUCUCUCCUCACUCCACCUCUGGCUUAGUUCCUCCUUGGCUGUCCUUUCUCUUACGUUAUCAUACGUCUGGCACCGACCCCCAAUUGACACUUCUCUUCCACGAUCUUCGCCCCCCCGAUCUGACUGGCCUUGCAGGUUGCUUCCGCAACAUAUUCUCUGCUAUUGAUAGGCUCCCGCACGACUUCUCCUCCCUUGCCCCCAACAUUGCUACGUGUUUAGCACUUCCCCUCCGCUCAGUAUGCCUACCAGCCACAAGCACUACCUCCUUCCCUCCCUCCUGGCAACACCUCCGCGUUGAAGAUGCCUUUCUUGUUGACCCUUCUUUCGACGUUCUCUGCCGUCGAGCGCCGGCUGAUUUCCCACGCAACCCGCUCAUAUUGCGCAAGUUUUUCAAGAGAGUUGACUCUCGCGACAUCUUGCUACAACCUUUCCUUGUUCGCGCUUUCCUCCCUUCUCAUAUCCUUCAGCUCAAUUACCCUUCCAUUCCUUCCCGUUCAGGUUCAUCAAUCAAUGCUAGCCCUUUUGUUUGCGGCCUUUUACCUGGAAUACCGUGGUCCAAGCUGAAACCUCGUAUGUAUCGUUCUCUUUGUUCCUCUUCUGUUUCUCCUCCCCUGUCGUCUACACUGUCCAGCUCACAAUGGCGAAUCUUUUGGAACCUUCCUAUACACCACCAUGUCCGCAACAUCUGGUACCGAGGUCUGCACCACAAAUUGUCAUCCCGCUCCCUGUUGCAUCGCAUACUUCCUGGCCCCUUCCCCACCGACUCUUGCCCCAUUUGUGAAGCCUCUACAGACACACCCGACCAUUUCCUCUUCUCCUGCCCCCUCAAAAUUGACGUUUGGUCUACAUUCUGGCAAGAUGUCUUUGGAUCUCAUCCUACUCUUCCUAUACUCCAUGAUGCAUUUUACAACCUGUCUUUCCCCUAUACCCGCUCCUCUGAUAUUCACGCCGCCUCUCUCUUUAGCUGUGCCCUUCUGGCGAUCUGGCGACAUCAUUGGUCCACGGUGUUCGACAAUACACCUUUUGUAUCUUCCACCGUCCUAUCUACCGCUUCCCGCUUGGUUGCCAUAUUUAAGGCUGAAAAAUCUCUUGAUGACCUUGCCUGUUCUCUUGCUACUUAGCUCUACCUUUAGUUUUCCUUCUUACAUAUACACCUCAAAAAAAAUCAAAAACCCAAAAACAAAUUUUGUGACGUGCGUCCUUUUUUUUUUUAGCUAGUGAUCCUCACAAUAAAAACCUGAGCUCUAAUCGCUCCCUACAAAAAAUAAA